AUGGCGGCGCCUGCUUCGUCGGCCCAGGCUCGCAGGGGCCAGUGGGUGGAGGACUCCGACGCCCCGCAGCGUCUCUCCGAUGUGAGCCAGCGCGGGUUUGGCAACCGCUGGCGCCUGCAGCUUCCCGGCAGCGUCGGCUCGGAGCUGGGGCGAGUGCUGGGGGGCGGCGUGGUGCCCGGGUCGGUCCUGCUCGUGGGCGGGGAGCCUGGCGUCGGCAAGAGCACCCUCCUUCUCCAGGUGGCCGCACUGCUUGCCAAGGUGGGGCAGGGGGGUGACGAUGGGCGCCCCGUCCUCUACGUCUCCGGCGAGGAAAGCACAGAACAGAUUGGCAGCAGGGCGGAGCGCAUGGGCAUGGGUGCCGAGGGGAACAACAUCUUCCUCUACAGUGCCACUCGGCUGGACUCGAUCCUCGCCGAGAUCGCGCGCCUGAAUGCCCGGGCCGUGAUCGUCGACUCCAUACAGACCGUGUACCUGGACGAGAUCCCUUCCUCGGCGGGCAGCGUCACCCAGGUCAGGGAGUGCACCACAGCCCUGUUGAGAGUGGCCAAGGGCAUGGGCGUCCCCAUGUUCCUGGUCGGCCACGUCACCAAGUCUGGCGAGAUCGCAGGACCUCGGGUGCUGGAGCAUAUUGUGGACGUGGUGCUGUACAUGGAGGGUGGGCGCCAGUCUCCCGUCCGCCUGAUACGGGGCGUGAAGAAUCGGUACGGCGCCACAGAGGAGGUUGGCGUCUUCCAGAUGUUUGACGACGGCAUGCAGGUGGUGGCGGACCCAUCCUCCCUCUUCCUGACCAGCAGGCGAGCAGGAACUUGCAGGGAGAUCUCCCUCGACGUCAGCUCCGCCGUCACCGUGACCAUGGAGGGCUCCCGCCCCAUGCUCAUGGAGGUCCAGGCCCUUUGUACCAGGGCCUCCCAGGGCCCAGGCCUGCCUCCCACCCGAGUCCCUUCCGGGGUCAAGCGGGAGCGCAUGCAGCUCAUCCUGGCCGUGUUGAGCAAGCACACGGACAUGAAGCCAUUCAUGCACGACAUCCACCUGAACGUAACCGGAGGUCUAAUCAUGGCGGAGCCGGCCACCGACCUCGCGGUGGCACUGGCCAUAGCCUCCAGCUACUACGACCGCGCCAUCCCGCGCGAGCUGGCGCUGAUCGGCGAGGUGGGGCUGGGUGGCGAGCUGCGCCAGGUGCCGCAGACGGAGCGGCGGCUGGCGGAGGCGGCCAAGCUGGGCUUCACGCGGGCCGUCGUACCGCCAGGGGGCAGCGCCGGCUCCGGACGCCAGCUGGCAAAGAUGCAGGUGCAGGAGUGCCGCACGCUGGCGGCUGCCAUCUCGGCGGUGCUCGGGGGCGGCCUGGCAAAGUAG